CACACACAUGUACACAGCAGUAGACAUAGGCACAGAGGAAAGAAGCACAAGUAGCAGAGGAGAAUGCGAAUAAGAACUGCGUAUAUGUAUGUGGAAAUACAAAACAGUAGACACAACGAACGGUGUGCUUUUUCGGCAUAGAUCUCACGCCUCAGACGCAUUAAAAUCAUUCAAAUAAAACGCACAAGCCAAUAAAAAUAAAGAUAAACAAACCGUUGGCAUAAAUUGUGAUUAAACAGCUGUGAAAGUGGAAAGGGCACUAGAAAAGUAAUCAUACAGUGCGAAAGGUCAGCAGCAGCAGGAACAUUCGCUGUAUAUAAAACUGUAUAUGAGUGUGUGUCUGUGUUGCAUGUGUAUGUGUAUCUGUGUCUAGCUGUCACUUUCUUGCGCGCGCAUAAGACAUACACAAAUUGAAAUCAGCGACCACCCCUCCCCCAUUAUCCAGCCAAAGACAAGACUUGACGUACGCGCCCGGUUCCGGUGCAAUCGUGCCACCAACGUUGGUCAGUUACCCGUCCUUAGACCCGCCAACAGCACAGCACAACACGGUUGCAAUUUCAUACAUAUACAACAUAUAAAAAAGCAAUAUACAAUCAAAAAUAAUAAAAGUAGAAGUGGAAGUGCGUGUUGCUGUUUUUGCAUUUCCUCUUUAGUUCUGCUGCUCCAUCUACAAGAUUUAUCAUUCACAUUCAGCUCCAGGCAUUUAAUGCAGGUGCCGGUGUCAACUUUGCCGUCGUGCCGCUGUUUACAUGUGGAAGUUGUUGUACAGAAACGCUGACAGCAAACAACAACAACAAGCAUAACAACAACAAUAAAGUGACGCUGUAAAGAAUCGAGAACAGCAAAACAAAACGUCAGACAUCAGCAAAUUACCAGUGUUGACAAACGAUAAUUGCUGGACGUAUCAAUUGCAACUGUAAACUGUAAACAGUGCAGCGAAAUAGAAGGACCAGACGGAAAAAGCACUGAGAUAUAAAAGCUAAAAAGUAGCUUCUGGAACCGAGGAGGCGUGGUGGCAGGUGCGCUUAUUCAGCGUUAAGCCGGCUUUGUGUGUUGUACGCCUGUACGGGGGAGGGGGGCGCGGUUGAGUGUCCACUGUUCGUGAGAUGUUGUCAUUCACUCCGCAAGUGGUUAAACGUUUGUUAGCACUCAAAAAGGGCAACGAGGACAAUAGUGUCGAGGGCAAGUGGUCGGAGAAGGCCGUCCGGAACCUGGUGAAAAAGAUCAAAAAGAAUUCGCAAAUUGAGGAACUAGAGCGCGCCAUAUCCACGCAGAAUUGCAACACCCGGUGUGUGACUGUGCCGCGCAGCAAACCCGCUGCCACUGGCGAGAGCCUACGCAAGGGUUUACCGCACGUCAUCUAUUGCCGAUUGUGGCGCUGGCCCGAUCUCCAGUCGCAGAAUGAACUAAAGCCGCUCGAGCACUGCGAAUACGCGUUCCAUUUGCGAAAGGACGAUAUCUGCAUCAAUCCGUAUCACUACAAGAAGAUCGAGCUGUCGAUAUUGGUGCCCAAGUCGCUGCCAACGCCCCCCGACUCCAUAGUCGACUACCCAUUGGACAAUCACACACAUCAGAUACCAAAUAAUACGGAGUACAAUGCUGCAAUAAUACGCAGCGCCUCGCUCAGUCCGCCACAGUAUAUGGAAUUGGGUGGCAGCAGCAGCAACAGCAGCAGCAACACCACUAUCAACUCAACGGCAACGGGCGCCGGUGGCUAUCAGCAACAGCAGCAGCAGCAACAGCAGCAUCAGCAGCUGCAACAGCAACACUCGCCACUAUCCUUUGGCAGCGUGGUAGGAGUCGGCCAGAACUUGCCGCCGGGCAGCUGCAACAUGGACUCGCAAUCCAGCGUUCUCAGUGUGGGCAGCAGCAUACCCAAUACGGGCACCCCGCCGCCGGGCUAUAUGAGCGAGGAUGGCGAUCCAAUUGAUCCCAAUGAUAAUAUGAAUAUGUCGCGGCUAACACCGCCCGCCGAUGCUGCACCAGUGAUGUACCAUGAGCCGGCCUUCUGGUGCUCCAUAUCCUACUAUGAGCUAAAUACCCGAGUGGGCGAAACCUUUCACGCCUCACAGCCAUCAAUAACGGUCGACGGCUUCACCGAUCCAUCCAAUUCAGAGCGCUUCUGUUUGGGCCUACUCUCGAACGUGAAUCGCAACGAGGUCGUGGAGCAAACGCGUCGCCAUAUUGGCAAAGGCGUUCGCCUCUAUUACAUUGGCGGCGAGGUCUUUGCCGAAUGCCUGAGCGAUUCAUCAAUAUUCGUUCAGAGUCCCAAUUGUAAUCAGCGUUACGGCUGGCAUCCGGCAACUGUCUGCAAAAUACCGCCCGGCUGCAAUCUAAAGAUCUUCAAUAAUCAAGAGUUUGCCGCCUUGCUAUCCCAGUCAGUCUCGCAGGGAUUCGAGGCCGUUUAUCAGCUAACGCGCAUGUGCACCAUUCGCAUGUCCUUCGUCAAGGGCUGGGGUGCCGAAUAUCGCCGGCAGACGGUCACUUCCACGCCCUGCUGGAUCGAGCUCCAUUUGAAUGGGCCACUUCAAUGGCUUGAUCGUGUACUCACCCAAAUGGGAUCGCCUCGAUUGCCCUGCAGCUCCAUGUCCUAAGUGUGGCAACAAAUUCAAAAACAAAAAGCUCUUUGAUUUAUGUACAUGCAACA